AGCCAGCCGACCGCCGUCCUCACACCGCUUUACCAUGCCCCACAGACUUCCCGUGCUCGGUAGACGAUUUUCCAUUCGCCAUCGUUAGGUCGUCGCCGCUGCCUCCGCGUCCAGCCGCGCACGUCUCAACGCAAACCAAAAAUGGUAUCGUAAACCGAUUUGGCUAAAGCUUAGCCCUAGUAGAGAGGCCGCAGUUAGGAGAGACCGAAGAGAGAGAGGCCGCAGUCAGUCUCCGUCGCCGUCCCGUCACGUCGAACACUGAGCAGUGAGCCAAGGGUUCGACCCUCCGCCCGUUGCUACUAGUAGGGCCCACUAACCUACUCGGGACUCCGAAGAGCUCGAUUCCCCACUCGUCCUCGUGUCUGAUGCAUCCCCUGCAGUAGAGUCGCACCGCAACCUUAGUUUACUCCGUUAGUAGGCUAUCGCGUUAACAGUCUCGUAGUCCUCCAGCCGUCACGUCCGGCCAUGGCUGGUCCCCGUCGAGCCGCAUUCAGCGAGAUGGCGGCGUGCGCGCUGCUCCUCCUUACGACCUCCGCGGCUCUUCCGCGAGCCGCGGUGGCGUUUCACCGGGCGCCGGAGCCGCGCGACGCCGUCGACGCUCGCCACGACUUCGACUUUCGCAGCAGCAUUAGCGCCUCCGACCAGCAACAGCAGCAGGCGAAUAGCGGGUUCGCGUCGCCGACAGACAACGGGUUCGCCACGCCGCUCAGUAUCGAAUCCACCUACAGCGAAUCCUCCCCCUACUCCGUUCCUUCCGCGUCCUCCGCGUCCGUCUCCUCCGCUUCCUCCGCCGCGAGCGGGAGUCGCGACCCCGCGGCGCUGAUCGCGGCGUCGGCGGGACUCGCGUAUCCCAUGCGCGCUCCCAUCUAUGUGGCCAAGUCGCAGCUGCCCGUGAUGAUGUCACUCAAGGCCACGUGGUCGAAAUACACCGACCUCAGCUCGUGGGACGGCGCCAAGCCAUGCGCUCAGUGGUUCAGAAUCAAGUGCUGGACAGAUGGCACCAUCAGGCGCAUGGAGAUGAGCGGCCUCGGCCUGGGAGGCGGUCUGCCCAGCAACAUCGGCGACCUCACCACCCUGCAAGAACUCCUCUUUACCAGGAACUGGCUGACGCAUGCGCUCCCUGACAGCCUUUCCAAGCUCGUUCGCCUGCAGAACUUUCAGAUAUGGAGCAACUAUUUCAAUGGCAGCAUCUCCCCAGCCCUCGGCAACAUGCGCAGCCUCUACCAGCUCCAUCUCAACAUCAACUAUUUCACAGGCGGCAUUCCCAGCACCUUCUCUCGCCUCACCAACCUCUACAGGCUAUUUGUAUCGUCCAACCAGCUCUCAGGCACCUUCCCCAGUGUCAUCUGCACCAUCACCUCUCUGCGGGAGCUGCGCAUCAGCGAGAACCGCUUUGAGGGGACCAUCCCUGCCUGUGUCGGCCGGCUGAAGCUCCUCUACUACAUGUACGUGGACACCAACCAGUUCACAGGCCGACUGCCCAACUCCAUCGGCUCAAUGGCCAACCUGCAGAAUCU